UCUUCACUCACAACCCAACAUCCUUUUAUAAAUCCUUCUAGUCCAGCAGCAGAACUUACAGGCAUCUAAGAAAAAUAUAGCAUUGAUGGGGAAUUGCCUAGUUCUUCAGGAGAAGAAGGUGAUCAAGAUCAUGAGAAUGGAUGGAAAGAUCCUUAGCUACCAAUCACCCUUGAUAGUUCAUCAAGUGCUAUCUGAAUUCCCCGGCCACGCCAUCUCCGAUACACUUCCUGCGAUCGACCAUCUCGAUCCUGCAACCGACAUGAGAUGCGGGCAGCUCUACUAUCUCAUCCCUUCCAAGACACCAAUCAAGGAGACUGGAGGAACUGGAACUGGAGUUGUUAGGAUCAAGCUGGUUAUCAGUAAGCAGGAGUUGAAGGACUUACUACUGAAGGGAGGGGUCACCUUCGACAGCAUGAUAUCUCUUGUUCAGAGAGGACCAAGCAAUAAUAAUAGCACAAGUGGUGAUGGUGAAGAGAAGUGCAUCGGGUGGAGGCCUGCUUUAGAGAGCAUACCAGAAGGGAAUGAUUGCUAGUUAGAACUACUGUGCUUUUGCUUUGCCUGCCAACUUACAUGUACACUGAUGAGCUCUGGGUAGGGGUUCUCCUCUUCUUUUCUUUACCUUGAUUGUCUAGAAAAGGCGAGGAUAAACCAUGAACCAUAUAGUUAAAUUAUCUCAACUCCAUCUCCUUCAGAGCUUUUGAAUGAAAAUCUUGUUAGUCACUGGAAAUUGUUUUUGAUGUAUGGUUACUGGAAAUUGUUACAUGAAGUUCUUCGUUUU